AUUCUUGCUUGCUUGCCGAGAAAGGUGUGUGCGUGUGUGUGUGAAAAGCAGGGUCUACAUGGGCGGUCAGAGGUCUUAGUCUCGCGUCCGUUCCAUUCGGCUUUGGUAUGUUUGACCCCUGGGUUGGACGUCAGACUUGUAGCCCAGAGGUUGCCCGUUCGAGUCCCAACCUGGAAGGUUGGUGGGGGGUUAUUAACCAGCUCUCCCCUAUCCUUCUCCAUGACAGAGGUACCCUGAGAAAGGUACUCCCCCACACGGCUCCCUUGGGGCGCUAUUGGGGGCUGCCCCCUUGCAUGGGUGAGGCAUUAAUGCAGUUUCGUUGUGUGCAUUGUGCUGUGGAGGGCUGUGUCACAAAAUGACAAUGGGAGAGGAGUUGAGAUUUCCAAAGUGAGAUUUCACACAUUGGAGUGGAGUCGGCCUACCAAAGGGUUCAUCAGGGUUCCCAAGUCUCACUCUUCCGGGAUGAGGAGCAGUGCGCACCACAUGUGGAACCACAGCCCUUCCUAGAAAAAUAAUCUGUGGUGGAACUACAGUUGUUCCGCAUUUGUCUACUUUCGUUUUGAUGAAAACGAAACACCCCCUUCAGACACCAGACAACAGCAACCUGUAAAACAAGAGAGAGAAAGAAAAUAACGGGGCGAAGAGAUUAGAAUGCAAGAGUAGCCUAUACAGCAGAGUGUUUUCCUACUUGUUGUCACUCAGGCUUGUCACUCAGACUCCGUUAAUAGGCGGGCCCAGGCUGUACUCUCGGUGCUCCUGUCAAGAGAUGCGCCUUGGGGCAUAGCCACGAGCGUGUGACUGUGAUCUUCACUAGUUGCAACACAAAAAACGUCAUCUUCAUUUGCAAAUCAAAGUCAUAAGACAGCACGACCUCGAGGCAUGGCGUUGGUGGUCUACGUUCUGGUGCUUUUGGGGACUUUCCAAUCAAUUUCAGCCGGUGAUGAUUGUGAGGCGUACUAUAAAAAUGGCGCGUAUCAGCGGAAAGAAACUUGCUUCUAUCCUGACCAUUGCUGUGGUACCUGUACCAACCGAUACUGCUGCUCCAGCUACGUCAGUGCGUUCACUAAAAAUAAACAAAAGCAGUGCAAUAGAGGCUUGAACAUUGAUGAACAUUUCACCUUCACCUCCAACUCUGCAAGCAAGACUGUGAUUAUUAGUGUCAUCAUCCCAGCUGUCAUCAUCUUCAUCUUACUGGUCAUCAUUUGCUGUGUGUGCCCCUGCUGCUGCUGCUAUCAAAUGUGCCGCAAGCCCAGACCGGUGGUGGCUGCCACCACUCACACGACAGUGGUCAACACCCAGUACCUGCAGAACCCCGCCCCUACCCAGCAGCACCCAGGCUACUAUCCUGUUAACCAGCAGCAGCCAGCCUAUAACCCUGGCAACCAGCAGCACCCAGGCUACUACCCUGGCAACCAGCAGCCAGGCUAUGGAACCCCUGCACCGUAUGGAGGUCAGCCAAUGGCCAGUGCAGCACCGCAGGGACCAGCCAACAUGGCGUUUGGGGCCCCCCCUUCCUAUCAGGAUGUUGCUGGACCAGGAGGAUACCCUGUCAACUACAGCGGUGCCGCCUUCACGCCGGGCCAGCAGUCCUACCCAAUGCAACCCACAGGGCAUGCUGGGUACCAGAACCAGCCCAUGCCACCAGCCAAUGUGGACCCCAACGCCCAACCUGCCUACAACCCAGACUACGUCGCCCCACCACCUGCCAAAUACUAAACAUAACCUGCGGGCACCUGCUUACACCUGAAACCAAAUUUGACACACAUGGAGGAAGUCUUUAAAUCCCUGCACCACUCCACACAUACUGUCUGUAGCGCACUGUUUACACAUAGCCUUGUAUUUUGAAAAACGGACAGUUUCCUUCCCUCCUUUUUCCAAUAUGACGCCAUCUGUAAAUAGGCCUAUCUAUGCAUAAAUAGAUUAGUCGAUAGCCAUCAAAAUAUGUUAAGCCUUGUGUUGCAGUGUCCAUUUGCAUGCACAAAUGAAAUUUGUUGAUUUCAACAAUCUUCACUUUUGUCAGUUUUUGAAAGAAAAAAAACGUGUUCAAAAUAGUCAUUUGUGUGUAAAUAAUCAUGUCGAUUGGAUAUAUUUUGACAAAGUUUGAUCAUGCCGCAUUAGUAGGGGAGGUUAGAUAGUGAGAUGAAC